GAGUAUAUGGUCGAUGAAAAAACUUCGACUUAUUGACCCCUGAUCAGGAGGUUUUGGGACCCCGGAAGUGCGGUGGUCAGAUCUGGUUGUACAGUGACAGUGCUGGUGUUUGGAUGAGAGUGAAUCUGACAACGCCACAUAUAUCAAAUAAGAUGGGGGGGCUUGUGGGGGGCGUGUUGAAACUCUAUAGGCUCAGUAGGAAAUCUGAUGCAAACUGUUUCCCAUGAAAAUUAGGAAGGAGGCUGCAAAUGCAGUUCGGCGUUUAAAUGGAUUUGGUAAAAAAGAGAAAGAAACGAACCCUGAGCAACACUGCAGCUGUAUUCUCUCUCCUGUGGCUCGUUUCUGUCUCUACAUUAUUGAUUCCCAGAGGCUGCUGCUGCUCCUGCUUUUGGCCAAUGGGCUCCUGAGACAGUUUCUUUUUUUCAAAAGGGAUGGGAGCCGAUGAAGUGAUGAGAUUCGUGUAACUUUUGGAUGACCCCUUCCUGACAAAGACAGUGUCCAUCAAUUGUCCUCUGUCAUUAUUCGCUGCUUUUAUGCCAAGGGGCUUUUUGUACCUUUUGUUGGUUUCUCUGUUGAACACUGCGCCUUCAAGUUAGACUUUAUAACUGAUCCUUGUGUAUAUGUUCGGAUAAAACAACCUCUUGCAACCAUAUAAGAUUUUUUAUUUUUAUUUUAUACAUUUGUGAACAGUGAAAUAUUGAAGCGAAGUAUAUUAGCUAUUUGUAUUUUUUCCAGCUUGACUUCGUUUGUUUUCCAAACGUCAGCCCGCGUGUUUAAGGGCAAUAAUACAUUCUUUUUUUCUUUAUUGGCAGCAUGUGUGUGAUGUUGAUGUGUCCCGAGUUCGAUCAAAUUGCCCUUAGUUGUAUGUUUACUCGCGUAUGGACCCGCAUCCCCUCCAUUGGCCGAUCUGGUCACAUGGUUCGCUAACUUUAUUCAGUUGACACCAAGUAGGAGGGCUUUAUGGAGGGAGGAAAAAAAGACAACUCGAGAAAAAUUAGUAUUUUCUACCUUCAGAAAUUAAUGGCCAUGAGUUCGUAUAUGGUGAACUCUAAGUAUGUGGACCCCAAAUUUCCUCCCUGCGAGGAAUAUUCACAAAACAACUAUAUACCUGAACAGGGCUCGGACUUCUUCAGUCCAGCGCAGGACGCAGACUUUCAGCAUCCAGGGAUCUACCCGCGGUCAAACUACACGGAGCAGCCCUUCAGCUGCAACACCGUGCCGGACUCCACGGUGCAGCCGCGGGGUCAUGUGCGCGACAGAUCCGGCCGGGCGAGCCCCUUUAGCGCGCAGACUGAGCAGGCCCCCCCGGCCCCGGUGGCCGGACCCCGGACUUGUGGGCAGCAGCAAAACACAAAGAGCCAAAACGCGAUACAAGCCAAGCAGCCUGCAGUAGUUUACCCCUGGAUGAAGAAAGUCCACGUAACUACUGUGAACCCCGAUUACACGGGACCGGAGCCCAAACGGUCCAGAACGGCUUACACCCGGCAGCAGGUCCUGGAGCUGGAGAAGGAGUUUCACUUUAACAGGUAUCUGACCAGGCGGCGGCGGAUCGAGAUCGCCCACACGCUCUGUCUCUCAGAGAGGCAGAUCAAGAUCUGGUUCCAAAACAGACGGAUGAAGUGGAAGAAGGACCACAAGCUGCCCAACACCAAGGGCAGAGCCGCGCCGGCGUCCGGCCAUCUGCAGGGCAUCCAGAAGGACAACCAGACUGAUAUCACAGCGCUAUAAGGAGUCCUGUCUUCAGAGCUGUACAUACAACAAAGACUGAGGUUGCAUCUGAACUUUUUGCAUGGACUGAUGUCGUUUUUUAAGCCAUCUUUUUACUUUAUUUUUUAUUUCAAUUUUUUUUUUAAUUUAACAAAGCAAAGUGAGCCCCCCAGCAGUGUUGUGACUCAAGACUGAGUCAGAAAACAAAAAUCAAUCAGUCGUUGUAACUGAGAGGUUUUGCAAGUUUUGUUUUAAUUUCCUCGGAGACACAUCGAGAUUUUUCUUUUCGUCCUUUCUAUUUUCAUUUUCAUGUUAUUUUUUUUAUUCUUUGGACGUUAACCCCCCCCCCCCCCCCCCCCAGGACAUUUAAUGAGCGACCUCGGCUGACUACACGGAUUUCAACAAAGUGUCUCUGCUCCUCUAACGUGGAUUCACGGUGGUUUCAAAAGACUGAGACGUCUUUAUUCAGAGCAGGGAAGCCCUUCGUUUCAAACACACACAAUGGUUAUUUAAUUUUUAUUUUUUAUCCUGGUGAAACUUCAUACUAAACGAACAAUAAACACACAGAAACACACACACACACACACACAUAUAUAUAUAUAUAUAUAUACUUGAAUUAUUAAUUGCAGUGAGGCACGCCAAAACACAACCACACUUCGGUAAAAAUUUCGCCAAAUUCCCGCAGAAUAUUUCAGUUACACGUUUCUCUGUGACUUGUAUGUUUUUAACUUAUUUUGUACAAUAAAAGCCUUGGACAUUUUUCUUAUAGCCUAAAUAAAUUCUUAUUAGCCUAAAUGAUUCCCCCUAUAAACGCGAGACAUCCCUGUGUGCACACUAUUCCGAGUGCCCUUAUAAAUCUCCCCUGACAUCUUUGUAAACAUUUUCAGAGGCCAUUUGAAACUCCCGACUCACACGAACCCUCAUUUGUUCCUGCAUGGCAUCGCCUCGAUAUUGGAUGUUUCUCAAAUUGGAAAGGAAUCAAAUCCAGAAUAUUUAGUGUUCUCAUAGUUUUAUUUGUUAUCCUCGAUAUGUUUAUUUUUUCCACGUCAUUAUUUAUUUGUUUAAAGAAUGUGUAAAAAAAAAAUCGUAAAGCACACGUACAAUUUUAAUUCAAAGUAUUCGUUUAAAAAAAAACUUUAAUUAUUCUUAAAAAAUAUGUUUGAACUCUUGUUGCAUCAUUAGCAUGGCUUUAUGCAAACUUUUAGUCUUAGUUAAUGUGGGAAACUCUUUUUUAGUUUCUCAUUUACACCAGGGGCAACCGAGGAGGGGGCUUUUCUCACGUCACGUUUCAAUACAGAUAUUUCUUGUUUUACACCGUUAUUGUCUUCGGACAAAACGAAAAAGGAAAAAAAAGAAAAAGCCCAGAAGCUCUCCCAGUACGAGGAGCUCUCCUCUCUGUUAAGUCUUCACGACGAGGCUGUUGAAAAGGCAUUUCAACCGAAGGUCGACAAAGCAGCAGUGGCAGGUUCAUCCAGGGGACACGUUUCAGCCGCAAGGACUGACCCCGGCACCCCUGACCCGCCGGACAGGCAGCAUUUUCUCUCCCAUGCAGCCGCUGUCCUCCUCAGUGUUGGAGGGCUCCUCCAGCACUUCACAAAGAAUGCACAGUAAGAGUCGGUGCGUGAAAUCCACACUUUUCCACGUGUUCAGUAAACAGUAUUUAUAUCAGACGCUGCAGCCCCUCCGAAAAAAAAAGGUUCGGAUCUGUGCAUUUGUCUCCUCAUGGUCAAUAUAUAUAUAUAGUCUUUUUUGGUUUUAUUUUUGUACAUGCUUUCUACCUUGUAAUGUGCAUUGAGAUGUGAGAAGUAUAUUGGGAAAAACGAAAUAAAGAUUUCUACUGAUUAUGCAUUUAAAUGUUUGCAAAA